UCCACAAAUCCUCAUUACCUCUAGUUGAAUUUGCAAAGAUGGCUGGUAGUUUGUCACCUCUUACUUUUAUUUCAGUAAUUUCUUUAUUUUCAUUUGGAUGGUGCAUGAACUUCGAUGACAUAAUUGAAGACGGACUAAGUGUGUUAGGGAAUACUUUUGAAAUUAAUUUAUCUGUUUUAGAGCAAAAAAUAGCAGAUGAAUCUAUCGAAAUCCAGGAAUGGCUCUUACGUAUAGGCGAGUUGGAGAGACAUGUGAACGUUCUUAAAAAAGAUAAAAUGGAAGCAUUCCGCCGUAGGAAAAGAGCGUUGAAAGGUCCACGACUUGGCAUGUUCGUUGGAAAACCUGGACAACCAGGUCGCCCUGGAACUCCUGGGAGGCCUGGAACGAUGGGUAAACGUGGCGAAAAGGGUCACAAAGGUGUUGCCGGUCCACCCGGACUACGUGGGCCCAUAGGGCCGUAUGGACCACCAGGAUGGAUAGGCCCUCCGGGAUUCAUUGGUGCAAAAGGAAAUAAAGGUGAAAAGGGGGAGAAAGGAUUCGAUGGUAUCACUGGUCUUACGGGAGAUGUUGGAUUUAUUGGGUAUAACGGAGACCAUGGUCAGAUUGGUCCACCAGGUAUGAUAGGUCAUAUUGGCUUCCUCGGUAUGCCAGGCCCGCCAGGAUUAAGUGGAGAUAUGGGUGAAAUUGGAAGCAUUGGCAACCCCGGUGAACCGGGUCGACCUGGAGUUCCUGGUCCAGUAGGGGUUUAUGGAGAACCUGGACUGAUGGGUGAAACUGGAUUAAUGGGACCACCUGGUGAAAUAGGAUAUAUGGGCGAUAAAGGGGAAAUUGGAAUGCCAGGAGAUAUUGGGCCAUGGGGUCCAGUUGGGCUUCCUGGUCCUGUGUAUGAUCCGUAUGCAGCUAUGAUGGCUCCGAUGGUUGUUAUGGCAGAGGGAGCGCCUGGAGCAGAAAACUGCUCAGAUCUUGAUGGUGGUGUACGUAAUUGUUCAUCUUUAGAUGGAAAAUUGGCAAUCCAGUACAACAGCAAAUCUUUACCAGCCUUCUACCAUCCACCACCUGGAGCACAUGUGAUGCCUGCUGAGCCGAUGAUGGGAAAAUCUCAAAUGGCGUAUGGGCCGCAAGCUGGAAAACCCCAGGCUAUGUAUGGACCUCCGGUCUAUGGUAAAUACUACUCAGCAGCAUACGGACAUAACAUUGCGUAUUUUGAUGAAGAAGAUAAAGACAUAUUGAAUGAAAAAGAUUUUAAUGAGCUUAUCAACAGUACAAAUCCAGAUCUCAAGGGUAACGAUGAUAAUAAUGUAACUGAAAGUGGUAAUCUAAGUACAAGUGUCAAUGAACAAGCCCUUCUAGAUGAUAAUACUAUAGAAGAUGAAAACAACGGCGAAGUUGCCAACGUAGUAACAAGCUCCAAUAAAACCAUCUUCACCUCUGCUGAAGUAAGCUCAGAAGAAGAAGAGCAAACAUCUGCAGAGGACGGUGCGCAAGAAAACUCUUCAGAUGAAACCCAUUCAGAAGACGAUAUUUCAGAAGAAGAGAGCAAAACAAAUUUAGAAGAAAAUUAGCAAAACUUAUGAGGAACUGAUUUGGAAUCAUCAGAAGAAACUGGGCCAGAAACUUUACAGAAUAUUAAUUAAAAAACUAAGAAUGAAAUAUAUUGACUCCCGAACAAAUGAUCGGAAUCUCUACCAACAGAAUGUAACAGAAAACGGAUCAGUGCAUCAUAUGAGGAUAUUCAAGCUCAAAAUAUCGAUUGUAUCAAGCAUUGCACACUGUAUAAUGAUAUUUACAAAAAUGCUGUACGGGAUUCAUUCACUUGGUACCGUAAAUUUUAGAAAAGAAAGUCCGAAUUUUUGCGAAAUAUUCAUUUUCGCUAUUUGUAAAAGUGCAUUACUGUUAUAAUUAGUUUUAGACUUUUAACAAUCAAGUCAUAGUAAAUGAAUAUACAUACUUCCUCACGAACUUUCUCUCAUUUUAUGAAAUAGCGAACUUUAGCCUCGCGAAAGUAUCUGAUUUUACAGUUUAUUUAAAAGGCAUUUGUAGAAUUGUUUAAAUUAAUUUUUUUAUUUAUACAUUUUAUCGACACAUCAUUAUUUUCCUCGGAUAGUAAAGCAUUAUUUUGUUAACCCUUUUAUUAGUAUCAGUUUACUGAUUUUAUUACAUGUUUUUUUUUUUCGGUAAAUUAACGACAUAUUAGAAUGAAAUAUAUCUGAUAGUUUCACAGUGAAAAAUAUCAAAUAAAUAUUUCACUUGUAAGAAACUAUAAAAUGGGUACAUGAAAUUAAUACUUGAAAUCAAGGAGAAUUUUUUUUUCAUGUAAUUCCAAAAUAUCUGUCACAUUUGAACAUUAUACCUUACAUUUUCACUCAUGGUUAUGCAACUCAUGUAAUAUUGUACCUUCUGUUCACUCUGGAAAGAUGUUUCAGUAUUACACUGGUACAAUCAGAUAUCCUUGCCUAAAAAGAAAAGCCUAGUAUCACUUUCAGACUUUCUUUUUUUCUUGUUUGUAUCUUAGUUUUGUAUAAUUACUGGUCAAGAUAUUUACGGGUAUAGUCUGGUUGGCUAUUUCAAAAUUUUAUUGACAUUUUAUAGUGACCAUCAGAUAUCGCUCUAACUUAACAUCGUAAUUUAUCGUAGUCAGAAAAGUAUAAAUGGUUUUCUACCUUUGCUUUGCAAAAAUCACAGUGCAUCAUCCAAUAAAUUUAAUUUAACGUUUUGUUUCUUUUGUUUUAUGUCAUUUAAUAGUUAUUACACAUUCAUCAUAUGUUCUUCAUUUAAUAUAAGUUUGUGUAUGUGUGUGUGUCGGGGUGGAGGGUAAUGGUAAUUAAAAAUAAUGUAAGUUUGAAAAUCGAUAUUCCAUUGAAUCAAAUGACAGUU